AUCAAGAUGAAGUUCUCCCUCACGAGACUGCUCCUUCUUGCAACUUUAUAUUGUAUAUAUAAGGGCACUAGUUGAUACUAGGAUGCACGUCCCUUAACACUUUCCUUCCACCCACCACAAAUAUGUCCCCUGUCGCGGUUCAGUUGCAGCGUGCUGUCGUCCUUCACGGUCCUAAGGACCUUCGUAUCGAGGAACGCCCAUUCUGGCCUCCGUCGCACAACCAUGUACAAGUAGCGGUCCAAUCGACCGGACUAUGCGGCAGCGACUUGCACUAUUAUUUAGAGGGUCGGAAUGGUGAUUUUGCACUCCAAGGACCUCUCGUCCUCGGCCAUGAAUCAGCAGGUGUGGUCACUGCUGUCGGUCCGGGUGUGAAUAAUCUUCUUCCCGGCCAACGCGUUGCAAUCGAGGCCGGCAUCAUGUGCAAAGAGUGCAAUUAUUGCCAAGCUGGUCGUUACAAUCUUUGUAAGGGUAUGCGCUUCGCCAGCAGUGCGAAGACCUUCCCUCAUCUGGACGGGACCCUACAAGACCGCAUGACCCACCCGGCGCACGUUAUUCACCCACUUCCUGAUAACUGCAGCUUCGACCAAGCCGCCUUGGCUGAGCCGCUGUCAGUUUUGAUACACGCCGGUAGACGAGCCAAACUUGGCUCAGGUCAACGUGUUCUCGUGUUUGGUGUGGGCGCCAUUGGUAUCCUCGCUUGUGCACUAGCCAACGCAUAUGGUGCCUCCCGGGUUGUUGUCGUUGACAUUAACCAGGCGCGACUGGACUUUGCCAAGUCCCACGGUUUCGCUUCACAAACGUACUGCUUGCCCAUGGUUGAUAAGGCAAAGACAACCGACGAGCAGCUUCGACGCGCAAAAGACAACGUCACGGCUGCCUUGUCCAAAUUCAACGAGCCCGAGGGUUUCGACGUAGUCUUUGAAUGCACGGGCGCUGAGCCCUGUAUUCAGAUGUCGGUCCACGCUGCUGUUGCGGGUGGCAAAGUCAUGCUGGUUGGAAUGGGGUCACGGAAUGUCUUGCUUCCGCUCUCCGCGGCAGCCCUGCGUGAAGUAGACAUCCACGGGUCUUUCCGUUAUGCCAACACAUACCCUGAAGCUCUCAAACUACUUGCUUCGGGAAAACUCCACAAUAUCGAAAAACUUAUCACACACCGCGUUCCUCUAGAAGACACCGCUCGAGCCUUUGAAUUAUUGGCUCGUGGCAAAGACGAGGAUGGAAACAUGGUUAUCAAGAUUGUAAUUGGGCCUUCAUCAUAGGUCUCGUCUAUCUGUUAUCUUUCAUCUAUAUAUCUAGAGGACGGACUUAGGAAGUACACGCCUUGUAGUGUGUUUCAUAUUUCAGCACAAGUAUCUCAGAUUAUUCCACAGGGCAUUUGUAUGUUAUUCACGCGCCCCACCCACAAUAAACAAAUGUAUUCGCAGCCAAUCGGUUCCACCGAGGAUCUAAUUGCAAGAGAGAUGCUAUGGUGACCCGGGGAGAAG